AUGUCCGACGACGCGGCCGCCCGGCGCGAGGCGCGCAAGCGCCGGAUCCUGGAGAAGAGCGGCGAUCGCCUCUCGCGCAUCACAAAUACCGGCCGAGGCAAGGACUAUGCGGGCCUUGACACGGCGCCCGUGACGCCGCGGGCCGACUCUGCCCCGGCCGCGGCGCCGCCGCAGCCGGCGCCUGCGGCGCCGGUGGUUGCGGCGACGGCCGCGACGGCGCCUUCCGAGAAGCCGUCGGCCCCGGCUGACGACGACCAGGACGCACUGGCGCGCAUGCUCGCGUCUAUGCAGGCGCGCAUGGGACCGGGCGGCGCGCCCGCGGACGGCGCGCCGGCGCCCAUGGCCCUUAUGCAGCAGCUGCUCGGCCAGGCGGGCGGCGCGGGCGCGCCUGCGCCUGCGCCGUCGAGCGACGUCGCAUACACGCAGCGCAUGGUGCGGCGCAUGCGCCUGGUGCAAGCGACGCUCGUGUUUGCGUUGGCGUUCUACGUGGUCUUUUCGUCGAUCUUUUCGCACGCGCACGACACGGGCCUCACGGGCCGCUCGCUGCCGACCGACGCGGGCACGCAGUUUGCGCGCGACUCGUACCGGCAGCAGUGGGCGUCGCUCGCGCAGGCGUACACGCCGACGAGCGCGUGGCUCAGUGCGGACGACCCCGCGCUGUUCCCGUGGAAGGGCGUGCAGGGCCCGCUGGCCGCGCUGCGUCCGUUCGUGUCGCACGGCAUGCUCGACGGCGCGUGGCCGUCGUGGCCCGUGUUCUGGGUGUUUGUCUCGCUGGAGAUCGGUCUGCAGGGCGUGCGCCUCGCGAUGCUGCAGCGGGUGCCGGCGGCGCUGCCGCGCGGCAUGCACUCGGUGGUGUCGCUGUAUGCGCCGCAGCUGCUGCCGCUCGCGGGGCCCGUACUGGGCGUGGCGUCGCUCGCCAGUGCGCUGCUCGAUGACCUGUGCAUUUUGCUGUUUGCGAUCGGCGCCGGCGUGCUGUUCUGCCAGGCGUGGGCGCCGCCGGUGCCGUAG